AUGGAGGUGUGGAACAGUGGUGAAGAGGAGGGUCUGACUGAACUGGAGGGCUCCUCAGACUCCAUGACAGCCCUGACCACCUCCAAUCACCUCCUCCUCCACCACAGAGCUAUUAACGACUCCAACUACACCACCACCAACAACAUCACCUACUUCCCUUACUACCAACACUCCCUCCCUGUGGCUGCUAGCUUCAUCCUGGCCUACCUGUUCAUCUUCCUGCUGUGCAUGGUGGGUAAUGUACUGGUGUGUCUGAUCGUGCUGGGGAACCGUCGCAUGAGAACCGUCACCAACCUCUUCAUCCUCAACCUGGCAGUCAGCGAUCUGCUGGUGGGCAUCUUCUGCAUCCCCACAACGCUUGUGGACAACCUCAUCACAGGCUGGCCGUUUACCAACACUGUGUGUAAAAUGAGUGGUCUGGUGCAGGGGAUGUCUGUAGCUGCCUCAGUCUUCACCCUGGUGGCCAUCGCAGUAGACAGGUUCCGCUGCAUUGUGUUUCCUUUUCAGCCCAAACUCACCCUAAUAGUUGCCAAGGUGACCAUAGCGAUGAUCUGGGUCCUGGCUGUGGUAAUCAUGUGCCCCUCAGCAGCUGCCCUGACCGUGGUGGAAGUGGCCGAUCACUACAUGGUGUAUAACCAGGACUACAACAAGACUUACCCCCUGUACUCCUGCUACGAGAAUUUUGCCGACCCGAAGAUGCGGAAGGUCUACACCACAGUGCUGUUCGCCCACAUCUACUUGGUGCCCCUGGCUCUCAUCACUGUCAUGUACGGACGCAUCGGGGUGAAGCUCUACACCUCCGUGGUGUCAAGAAGAGAGCCUCAGGAUGCAGCACAUCCUGCUCCUCCAGCCAGGCAUGAGGGGGGCAGGCAUCUGAUCUCACAGAAGAAGAUCAAGGUGAUCAAGAUGCUGAUCGUAGUAGCCCUGCUGUUCAUGCUGUCUUGGCUGCCCCUGUGGACUCUGAUGCUGCUGACAGACUACGCAGGGCUGGACGAGGAGCAGCUGGAGCUCCUGACCGGAUACAUCUUCCCCUUCGCCCACUGGCUGGCUUUCUCCAACUCCUCUGUCAACCCCAUCAUCUACGGAUACUUCAAUGAGAACUUCAAGAGGGGCUUCCAGGCAGUCUACCAGACCAACUCCUGCUGCCGCCCAGGAAAUAGGGUUGAGGUAGCAGGGAGGGGAAACCGGGAAGGCAGAGCAGGGGGUGGGGGUAAUGGUGGAGAGGGUGGAGUCGGCCUGAGGGAGCCGACAAGCAACCCCAAUCCUCUCCCAUUUGGGGCUAGAAACAAAGUGUAUACCGACGGUAAUGUGAUGCACUCUGUCCACCUUGAGCUGGAGUUGAAGAAGAAUUCUAAGGUGGGAAGCAACACAGUCCAUGUUGAGGUUGGGGGGACUGGUGCAGGUGGAGGAAUAGGGAAUGGAAAUGGGAUGAACAAAAAGGGGCUACAGGUUGACGAGCAGACCAGCCCAAUGGGAGUUUGUCAGGCCUGGGAUCAUUAG